CUCGAUAGUCCGUCGGUUCUUUGACGAUUUUUCGUUCUCCAUCGUUCCUGUUCUGAAAGUUUCGUUUGUCCUUUCACCUGGGUUGGUUGCUUUGUCCUUUUUCUUCGUUGUCCUGGCAAAAGGUGCUCUCUUGUAAAUUGCGCCACGGGCCUCUCCACCUUGUGUGGGAACUUUCCUGUCGCUGUUCUUAUCUCGUUUACCCCUCUUCGUGUCUCAUUGUUUUUUCUUUGUUGUCUCGCUCCUCCUGUCUCGUCUCCCUCUUCUUCCUCUCUCCUUCUCUCUCUUGCCCUCCUGUUCUUGUCUCUCUUCUACAUUAGCGCGUUCCGCGCCGCCUCUCGGACCGUCUGAGUCCAGGAGAGGUCGGCUGGCAGUCCUCAGUGCGGAGCAGCAUGGGUCGCGCUACGGACGGCAGCGGGUGCCGGCCGCGGCAGUUUCCGCGCGGCGGUUUGUCUGGUGUGUUGUUGCCCUGUCUGCUUUCUUCGACUUUCCUUGUUUGUCUCGCGUCACUGGUCGUCUUCCCCUUUUUCUGUCGACAGGAAGAAGUCUCUACUCCACCCGCGUCUGUAGGCGCAGAUGCCAGCGUCGGUGUGCCUCCCUUGAAAGGCAGUGAGGCCGCCGCUGACGACGGCCUUCCCUCGACUCUUUCUGCGGACGAAAAGAAGCAGAGCAGAGACUGCGGGAGUCCGAGGGGUCCCGAGUCUUCAACAGCGUGCAGCGGCGUUUCUCCGUCACCUUCCUCCCCUCCUUCCGGGUCGCUUUCUUCCUCGACUGAGCUGUCGUCUCGCUUCUUCUCCCCUCACGCGGUGUCACUCGCCGCCUACUCCGCCUACCUUCCUGUUCAGCUGCAGCCGCGGCCGCCGACUUCUGCUGAAGUUUUGGAGGCGCUGGAGGUGACAGCGAGCGUUCUGUCGCUUCCUGCGAACCCGCCGACUCACGCAGCUGAGGCGAAAGGUUUCGCGUUUCCGUAUUUCUCGCGCGCCUCUUCACCAGGAUCCCAGGGCGGACGUCAGGGAGCGUCUCGGAAGCCAGGUGCGUACUUUGUGUGUCUCGUCGUUGUCGUCAUGGACGGCGACGGUUUUAGAUGUGUGGAGAUUGCGGAUUCUCGCGUCUUGGCCGCGCAUGUGGGCGACGAGUCCUUUGAGAAAGCUGCAGAGAGAAGGACUGCCGCGGCUCUCUCGUCUCCGUACGCCCUCGCUUUCGCGCUCUCCACUCUCUCUGUUCUGCUUCCGGUGAGGCUUCUGUUUGCGGCUGCGGCGGCUCCGGCGAACAGCGGAGACUCUGCAGUCUUUCCACCCUACCAGCAGCGCCCGUGGCCUGGGCGGUGCCGGCCGCUGUCUCGGUGCACAGUCGUCGUGCGGUUGGCAGCGAUCGACGCGCCAGAGACAGCGAAGCGUGGAAGCGAAGCCGAGCGGCCGAAGCUGCCGAGGUCCGGCGUGAAGCAGAAGGGAGCAGAGGGGAGACGCUCGGCAGCGAAGAGCGAAGCAGACGCGCCGAACGCGAACCGAGUUUCAGACGUCGACGCCGGCGGACAACCGUUUGGGGUCGCCGCGGCCGCACGGCUCGCUUCAGAGGUCCUGGGCCGCGUCGUUCUCGUCAAAGACCUGGGGAAAGAUCAAUACGGCAGAACUUUGGCUCGCGUUUUCCGCGUUGCACACGAGGCGUCUUUCGUGGCUGCUGUGCAGGCUGCCAUGAAGGAAGCAGUCAGAGGCGCUCUCGCCCCAGGAGGGAAACCGCGAGAGAAGCACAAGAAGAAGAGCGUGGAGGAGAAAGAGGCGAGUAAGCCGCGAGAAAAGGAGAAGAACGUGGAGGAGAAAGAGGAGCAGGAGGAAGCAGCUGAAGCGUACGAACCGGGAACUUCGGGCAGACGGCUGUCAGUGAAACGCAGCAGGCGCCAGCGAAGUGGUGGAGUGUCGGCCGCAGGUGUAGCAGCUUUCGCCGGAGGCGUUGCCGUCGGUUUGAUGAAGACACGGGCAGAUGCUUUCAAACACCAAGUCCAGCAGAAAGUCGUCAACGGUGAAGCGGGAUCCCGCGAACUGGCAGCUCAGAUCUUUGUCGAAGAAGUACUGGAAAAAAACAUGAAAGAAGUCGCCGACGUCUUGCUCAGCGAAGGACUCGCUGUGGUCUACACGCAGGGCGGCGCAAAGUUCGACGGACGAAGAAGCAAAUUUCUCGCGAUAGAGCGGGAGGCGAGAGAACGCAAGCUCGGCUUCUGGGGAAUUCCAGAGGAUGCCCGAGAAACACCUGCAGAGUACAAGAAGAGAAAACGCAGCGAAUAAACAGUUGUGCCUGCACAAAGCAUUUGAAGUGCUUGCUCAACUACGUGGAAACAGGCUGGCGGUCUAACGGAAAUCUGAGUGCAAUCGAGUGUUUUUCUGAGGCAUGUUUCUGUGUGUUGUGUCAUUGUGAUUCACUUCAUACCUUGAGCAAGAAAGGCCUUGAAAAGGAGCAAAUACCAUGUCUUUAACAUUUCUUUGACCACGUCUACGGCGCAUCGGCUGGGUUUUCCCUUAAUUAUUUUUGCAGGUAGGCUAGUUGUGACUUCUGGAAUGUAGCAGGGAGCUUCCUUGAGCGCGCAGGCCAGUGCGACACGUAUGCCACAAGGUGUGUGUUCACGCGGAAGAUUUUGUGUGCGGACUCAGCGAAAUCUUUUUCCCUGUUCUGUGUGUAUGUAUUAGUUGUAUUCCAUAUACAUAUAGAGAGAGAUAUAUAUGUCAAGGGCGAUAAACAGGGAUCACUUUUACUACAGUAGAUGUAGUGAAAUUACAUCUGUUUAGGCAUGUGUAUGUCAGCCACUUUCGUGAGAGCUCUCAAGCCCUCUCGUCGCUUCUCAGCUCGAAUUCGUCCUUGAGACUCUGCUGCGACGUCAAAAGAAUCGAGACUGUCGUAAGAAUGGAGAGCUUUGUUCUUGAUUACCAGCACGGGAGGAUGCAGUGUCGCAAUUAUGAAAUCCACUCGGGCUGUUACAAGAAACCUUGGGGGGAAACAUUUUCAGUACGUUUCGGCUCUGAGACGAUAGCCCACGAAACAGACGGGAUCUGGUUCAUUUGUCAGCAAGGAACAGGUAUGAAAGUCGAUUUCUCAUAUCCCCAAAUCCAUAUAUUCAUUAACAUUUCACUGGUGGCCUCGACUCGAUUCUCAUCAACUCGUAGAACGACACAGAAUGC